CCGAUGUUGACGACGAUGAAAGCUUCUACUUCUCAGGAGACGAUGAGGACGACGAUUUCGAUAUCCACAGUUGCGGAUCUCCACAAGAACCGGUUGAGAAUGAGGAGAGCUGGCGCGAGACUGGUGAAGAAGAUCUUAAUGACGUCGCUUCCAACGGUGCAGCUAAGGUUGCAUCCAAUGCCAAAGCCAAGAGACUUGACAGGAGCAUGUCGAUGUCCCCUUCUCCUUCAGAGGCUUCUAAUCAUCUCGCUGGAGGUGCUGCAGCAGGUGAAACUGGUGCUGCUUGUUCUGCUAAUCAACAACAACAUCAAGACGAUCAAGGUAACGAAGAAGACAACGACGAGCAAGCUUUACAACCCAGGGUCUACGUCCCUGGUUUCCCAACUGACGUCUCCAUGUUGCCUUUAGAUGAAUUUUACAGACUGUGGCGAGACUGGUUCCUAUGUAAUCAUUGGAACUACGAAUUUCAACCCGUUAUCGUUGAAAAAGAAGCACGUAUUUCGCUUUGGAGUCUGAUGUCCGUCUCUAGCGCAACUGGUGUGCACCAACUGCUUCAGCAAGACGAACAGGAGGAAUUGGCGCAUCAAUCGGGUUUGGCCAAUUACAUGCAGGGAGGAUCCUUUGCCGGUGGAGGUGGUCCGAUGGCUUUAACCUCCGCAGCUGCUGCAGCAGGUCACUACGAAGGAGGCUCGAACUUUUUGCGCGAUAGUCAGGGUGGGGCGUUGAUGAAUCGCGCACAACGAAGGGGGACCUCGCUCUCCUCCCUUGGUCUAGGAGGUCUACACUCGAACACCUAUGGGCAACAUCAUCUGCAACCGUGCCAUGGAGCUCAGGCGAUGGACGGCAUUAAUCACGGCAUUCAUGAAGAAAACGGGGGCCUACUACUAGGAGGGUCUGCUGGAGGAGGUUUAGGGUCUGCUAGAGGAAGCAGAGGCAACAUAGACGACAUCAAUGGCGACGUUCAUCCGCUGUACGCAUCUGGCGUAGAACAUCACAGUAAUUGGCUGUACAACUCUGCGUCUUCAGGUACCUAUGGAGGUGGCCCAGGUGGAGGAAAUAUGAUGAGUAGAGGUCCUGGGAGCGGAAUGUACGGCAACAUUCCGCAAUACUCGCAAGCUUCGAGUUGUGCGACUCGAAACAGCAUGCUCAUCUCAUCUAUGAACUACAGCGGAGUGAUGCGGAGUUCGAUGCAGAAUCUGGUUUCUCCACCAUCCCAAACGACCGCAGGUCGUGCUAGUACUAUGCUGUUUACGAGGGCCGCGUCGACGGGGGGCGUGACUAACUAUCCUACAUUGCUGCAGUCGUCAGUUCUUGGAUCUGCUGGAGGAGGGCCGAACAUAAGCAGCACUCCUCAUCUUCAACAAAAUCAUCUACAACUACACCAACCUCCCCGUGGGAGUGUUUUCCUUGGAGGGUCCUCCUCAGUCUCCGCCACAAUAGUUUCUCCGCCAGCCAAACGAAGCUUCGUCACCGCUUACAGCACAGCUCCGUUUUCGACCUCCCCGCUGAAACGCAUGACUCGAGGUUCAGUUUUUCGUGGCAACGUUGAUGUUCCAGGAGAAAACGGCACACCACUUCGCUCCUCCACGCGAACGACAACUCUGCCUGCAGGAGGUCUUGUGACGAAUCCAGAAGGAGCGCGAAAUAGCGAAGUAGGAGCACGACCUUCAAUGGCGAACCUGUUCCAUAAGGAAUACGAACAAGUUGAGGUUCAUCAACCACGACCAUGUUUGAAGCCAGAUCAGAGUGAGGAAUACCAGCUCCACGACCCUAGAGGACGGUCGUUGUCACCUUCGCCAAUCAAGGGCUCCUUGGAUCGACAGCGCAGUGCGGCCCGUGACAUGUAUGCGGACAAGGUAACGUUUUUGAGUCGCAUCUCGCAGUUACUGCAAUCGGGACCAGCCCAAGAAAUCCUAGUAGAGGAUCCGACGAUUGGCGGACCACAAGAGCAGCACUUUCAAGAAUAUGGAGCCUCUUCUAGGCCACCUGGAGCUGGGCCUGGAGGUACCUUGAUGGGACCUCUUCAACACAGAGAGCGCAUGCCUUCACAUGCCGAAGUAGAUUCUCCAUUCACAUCACCUGGCGGUGGACCACAUCAAGGAGAAGAUGAUCAACCUGAAGAAGUAGAUACUGCUGGUAGAGAGAGUCAGCAAGUGGGAGUAGAGCAACGCACUAGUCGAGGAGGUGGUUUUUUUUCAGGUUUAGGCUUACCGAUUCCAGUUGGUUUCAUGCGGUCAUCGCGAAGAAGUGCGAAUCCCGAUAAGUUAAGCCUUGUAUGUUGAGAAAAUGAAAAUCCAUGUUUAACAGAAGCAUCAUCUUGCUUGUUCUCAUUUUGAAUGGGAUCAAAAUGGAACCAAAAUUAAUGCUGACCAACCAAGGUCAAGAUGGUGACCACUUCUAACACUAACUAAAACUUUGGUAUCUACUCUUCUAACUAACACUAAGGGCACCAGUCACUUGCUUCCCUUGCCAGGAGUUACAGCCGUACCCUCGAACACGUCAGCAGAUUCGGAUGUAAUGGCAGUGCAGAAAGCUUUCCUCUCGUACUCUCCUAGGAUGCAAGACGCAGUCACUUUCAUGGGUCGUGGUGUUAGAACACUGGUUUUGUUACGGCUUCUCCUAAUCCUAGUCGUAAUCCAUCUUCAGAAGCGAACAUCUUCCUGAUCGAUGACAUGAGGGUUCGGUUGCCAGGGCUAACAGGAUGCUGGUUAUCGAGAUGAAUUAGCAUUGGUGUGAGCAGCUCUAAUUUUCCAAAUGCAGGACCUGAAAGGUACGAUAGUUUCGCAUAUGUCGUCGAGUACUCAGAACGGGGGUUUGCUUGGCGGAGGUGGCGGUACUAUCUUUCCGACCGGGACAGAAGAUCCACCAGACGAGGAUGUGGAUGGGGUUGGUUCACCACGAGGUCGACGUACUAGAGGUACAUCAACAACAAGAACUGGAGACCAUGUGGUGCCGCAAUCUCGUUCCUUGCAUGGCACGGAUAUUUUUGGGAAGAGUGGUGGCGCAGCAGCCCAUCAUGAAGGUGCCGGCGGUAACAAAAGCAAUGUCGACCUCCAAAAUGCAGUAGAUUCGGCGAAUCCGUAUAAUCGUUGGGCAGGCUCAUCACAUGGGAAUACGAGAAAUUUCCUCUCGUCAGGAGGACGUCAAGACGAGUCCUGGUUUAGAUGUGCAGUACUUCGCUGUCUUCGGGGUUGUCGGGCGAUUGCUAAGGGAGGUGCUGAAUCUCUGCCGCUUUCUCCUCGUCAUCUUAGGAGUGGAAAGGGAACGACUUCUUCAGCAAGAAUGUCCGAAGUAGGUGUAGGUGGACACGGAAACUCAACCUCCUCUACCAGUUCUAGAGGAAGCUCAGCGCUCUUCACUUGGUCCCAUCUCUUUUUCCGCUGUUUGCAUUUUCCACGCAACGUCUCGCAAUGGCUAGCCGGUGCCGUAGCCAACGUGGGAAACACGAGCGAACUAUCCGAAAUAUCUGGUCGAUCAGGCGUUAA